AUAUAUGGCGGGACCUGUCCUGUACAUAUUAAUCACAACGUUAGUUCCGCAUAUUCAAUAUUUCCAUGGAUACGCGUUCUGUACAUAUAAAAACCGUUGUAAUUAGACAAAGUAAACUCAAUUAUCCGCGCAUUUCACAUACAAACGUUAAUCGUCAAGCAAUUUAACCCAAUUAAAUAUGCAUGAUGUUGUACGUGUAAACAAAAGGCCAUCACUGCCACCAGCACGACUUCAGCACGGCAAUGGCAUGGCAGCCUGUGUCCUGUGUAAUGUCUCUCCGCCGCCCUCAAAUAGAACACCUAUUAUUUGCCUGUUGACAGCAACCACUCAAGCGAAUUAUUGCCAACUCAUCAGCAUAUGCUUUCGUGCUUCAACCCUCAGACCCAGUCUGAGACCCAAACCGAACCGAAACGUAAUCGUUUUCGAUUUCAAUAGUCCAUCGGGCAUGUAAAAUCGAGAGAUUGUAUGACGACACGACCGACGAGUGGGCUCAUUUUUGUACCCAAACUUUGAAAUAUGAGAGCUCACUGAAUGGACAACACAAGUGUUAGUGUGAGGCACGCCCACGCCUCGUAUAAACAAAGCACUCAAAUUAAUUGGAGAUAAUUGAAUUUGUAUAGCACAUGUGUGGAUGUUACUAUUUUAAUUGGGCAAAGUGUUAUGGGAUCAGGAUGUUUACAUACUAGGAACAGUUAGGAGCAACCAUUUAAGUUUAUUUUAGGAGUUUAAUUUAUUUUCAGGUUAUAUUUUGACUUGUUUCUUGACUAUGGACAAGAGCAUAGCUUGCAUAUAUAUGGAUUUAAAACACACCUAGUCGUAGUGGAACUGAUGAUUACAAACAACCCUAUGGAAAAUUCAAUAGCCUCAGGGAAUCACCAUCAUCCCACCCCGCUUAUCUAAGUACAUCUGCCAGAUUGUUAACAAUCUGCUGUUUUUUCUAAAUACUAACAUAAUUUUGUCAUUAUUUACCUCACUGGUUUGUAAUUCGUUCAACCCUCUGGUCUUCUAGUGGGUGACUGGGGUUCCGGUUCUACCGUCUCCCUUCUCGAGUUAAGGAGUCCGUCCUGUUCUAAUCAUUUGUUUCGCCUUUCGUUAGCGAUUUAAGCGUGGUUCUUUAGUAAAUGGCGUUUCCGGAAACCGUACAAAAAACUGAAACAUCAUCGAAUCCACCUAAUGGAAUGGAAAACAGUCAGACAUCUCAAAGAUCAAAUCAUGUUAGCUCGGUUCUGCUUUAUGGAAUACCAAUUGUGUCUUUGUACAUUGAGGGUCAAGAGCGACUCUGCUUGGCGCAAAUCUCAAAUACUCUUCUAAAACAGUUCAGCUACAAUGAAAUACAUAAUAGACGUGUGGCGCUUGGCAUUACCUGCGUCCAAUGUACACCAGUACAGUUGGAGAUUCUGAGAAGAGCAGGUGCCAUGCCGGUAAGUUCACGGCGAUGCGGAAUGAUAACUAGAAGAGAAGCUGAGCGUCUUUGUAAGAGUUUCUUGGGCGACAACUCACCACCUCGAUUGCCUGACGACUUUGCAUUUAAUGUGCAGCAUAAAUGUGCAUGGGGAUGUCGUGGGUCAUUCUUACCAUCUCGGUAUAACUCAUCACGAGCCAAAUGCAUCAAAUGUGCAUUCUGUGGAAUGUUCUUCUCGCCGAAUAAAUUCAUUUUUCAUUCACAUCGCAUCACAACAAACGACAGGUACGUUCAGCCUGAUGCUGCCAACUUUAAUUCCUGGCGACGGCAUAUGACGCUAAGUGGAAACGCCCACGACGAAAAAAUUAUCUAUGCAUGGGAAGAUGUCAAGGCAAUGUUUAAUGGUGGCACCAGGAAAAGACUUGUUAGUAGCAAUAGUAAUGUUAAUCGCAAUCGAAAUCAAAGCUCACCAACGUCAUCGUCAGCUACUACAAUAAUAGGUGGAAGUACUUGUAGCUCACCAACUGACUGUGAGAUACUAGAUACUAAAAACAUAGCAUGCAAGGAGGCCCCACUAUCAAAGCGAUCCGUUGAUCACCAAUAUAAUUACAGUACCGUGGCUGCAGCCGCCGCUGUGGUCGGCGUUACGGCUGUAGCUGCUGCUACGGUUGGAGUACCUUUCAAUUUACAUCACUCUUCGGUCCUUUCACCCCUUCACUCGCUUCGCAACGACCACGACCUAGCAAUAAUGCCCCUUUCAAGAAAUUUUGUUGUGGACUAUAUGUGGCAGCAACAGGACGGAAUUCAUCAGCAGCAGCAAUCGAAAAAUUCGAAAAUCUGCGGCGCCGAGCCUUGCGAAUCGGCUCUUGACUUCGAAUCAUGCCCAAUGCCAUGGGCUAGGGCAGAAACGAAUAUGCCAUCAACGACAUCUAAUGCCGUUCGCUUGGGGGAGCGGGAGCGUCAUCAAUUUAAUAUGAGAAACGAAACUUCGUCUACUUCUAUUUGUGGCAUUAUUAAAAAUCGAAAGCUGUCUGAUGUCGGCAGCAGUGGUCUAACGUUUUCUGAUUAUAACAUUCCAUCGAUAUUAAGCUGCUCUGCAUUUAAACCAGUUGUCGCUUCAGCAGCAAUUGUAUCUACUUCAUUAUACACUAGGUCUAGUGAUUCGAAUAGCAACGUUUACAUUACCCCAACUCAAACGGCCCGAACAACAACAGUUCUAACGCAUAACAGUAUUACAACUGCCUCGCACCGCUUACCAACAGGAGAAGGUUUUUCGCCAAUAUUAGACACUAUCCAAUCCAAUAUUGAAAGUGAGAGAAGCAAUUUUUCGACUUCAUUAUCCAUUCACAACAAAAACAGCUCGGAUAAAUCUAUUUCAUCAGAAUCGGCUUACGGAAGAGAAAGACAUUUAUAUGAUAAUGAUGACGACGACGAUGAGGUUGUGGAUAUCGAAACAACGGAAGACGAAGUUCUUAAUGAGCAUUUCGCAGAGUGUCCACAUUCAGCAGCUGAUAUAUCAUCUGAAAGUGAAAGUUCAAGUCAUUCUCAGACACCAAGUACAAAUAUUGAUGUAGAUGCUGAUGCUGAUGUGGAUGUGGAUGGUAUUACAACGGAUGCCGAGGAUCAACUUGAGUUGAAAUCAAAUGUUUGUUUGCUCGAUAAUACUAACCGCUCCAUAUCAAACUCAAAUGGAAAAGUAAAAAUGGCUGGGACUUCCUUGAAUGCGGAACCCGAAAUUUGCGAGGAAGGCUAUAAAUGUAAUGAGGAGACGAAAGGGUUCAAUGGUCAUUUAAGAAUUUUCACUCGAGGAAAGAGUUUUAAGCACCAACCUGAACGAAAUAGUUCAAAAAAGGCAACAACUACAUUUUCGAAAAAGAAAUUUUACUCGAAAUCUGUGGCCAUUAAAUCUGCUCAAUCACAAGUACAGCACAGAGUUGCCUUUCCAGUAUUCUUUAAAUCGCAAGUAAACCCGUUUAAUGAGCAUCAUCCACGACCAACGACACUGAGCCCUAACUCUCUUUCGGACUCAUCUAACGCAUGGAGCUAUCCACUUGGUAAUAUUCGGCAGCUAUAUUGUUAUGAAAGUAGCCCAACAGCCAAUAAAAAUUGUGUUGAUUUUAAGUAAGCCUAACAAAAUAUAAA